UACCUAUGCGCCGAGGAUAGUUUAGUAAAUUCGCUAGGUCAAACAAAAUUACAAAACCCUUAAAUCGAGUUCUGUGGGUUAUUUCUUGUUUUUGAGACUGAGAAUUCCAAUUAGGGCUUCAAUUUUGCCAGAAGAGGAACGAUGGUCUGCGAGAAGUGUGAGAAGAAGUUAUCGAAGGUGAUUGUACCAGAUAAGUGGAAAGAAGGAGCCAGCAAUACCACCGAAGGUGGUGGUCGUAAGAUCAACGAGAACAAACUCCUCUCUAAGAAGAAAAGAUGGACUCCUUAUGGAAAUACCAAGUGCAUGAUUUGCAAGCAGCAGGUACACCAAGAUGCCAAAUACUGUCACACCUGUGCUUAUACCAAAGGGGUUUGUGCAAUGUGUGGUAAGCAAGUACUUGACACUAAGUUUUACAAACAAAGUAAUGUAUAAUUCAAAGCAGAUGCUAUUUGGCAUGUUGAAUUAGAUGUAAUGGUUUAUGGACUGUUUCAAGCUUAAUUGAUCACUAUCAUUUACUUACAAUAUGAAAUGGAGGCUGUAAAGAUCACCAACUGUUAUGUAAUGUACUGGUAUGCUUGGUGGGUUUCAUUCUUACUGGGUAAUGAAAUAUGGUAGUAACAGCUUUUCUCUA